AUGCACGGCAAAAAUAAAGGAAUCGCAAUAUCAAAUAUACAUCCAAGAAUAAGGCUGAAGGACAUAAUAGAUAUAUUCUCCGUCUUUGGAAAUGUAAUUGGAUUCCAAGUACUCAAGGAAGGAUUUGCUUUGAAGUUUGAAUCGUUUCCCGAGAAAUCUUUAUCCAUGGACAAUUUUCCUUUGGUGCACAAAAGAAUGAAGGUUAGGCUUAUUGAAUUGGCUGAUGACUACGAUACCUUCCAAAGGGGGACCGUUGUUAUGUUUAACCCUUCUUUAGAUGUAGACGAAAUAAGAGAUGAGUGCUGUAUGUUUGGUUGUGUAACCGAGGUGAUAAGAAAGCAGAAUGGAAUAUAUGUUAUUUGUAGUUCGGAAGCUGAUGGGGAGAGUAUAUUUAUGAACAUGUAUGGAAGAUACUACAACAAAGAAAGAAUAAGAUGCUGGAUAACUGACGAAAAAAGCCUAUUGGGAGAAUAA